GCCGCACGGGGUUUGCCGGCAAUUGCCGAGGCGGGGGGUUACAACCUUCACUGUUGACCGCAAGUCUCUCGCGCGCGCCUUGCUCUGCGUCUCUCCCUCGUAUCAUCCCUCCGCCGUUCCACGCGUUUCCUUCUCCCCAAAAUGAGCAAGAAGGGUAGCAAGGCUCAGAGUCAGUCCAAGGAACAAUCCUAUGAGGUCCGCGAUAUCGUUCUCGCGAAAGUCCGGGGCUAUCCCCCGUGGCCAGGCAUGAUUGUCAAUCCUGAAAGCGUUCCCGAAAACGUGCAGAACGAGCGACCCAACGCGAAGACAAAAAAGGGGAACUGGUACUGCGUUCGCUUCUUUCCUGCUGGUGACUACGCCUGGAUUGUCCCUAAGGACAUAUCGAAGCUCCAACAGCACGAAAUCGAGGCCUACAUCAACGAGCCCUACAAGCGGAAUGGCGACUUGCUGCAAGGUUAUCACAUCGCUCUAGAUCCCGUGAAAUGGGAGGAGGAGCGCGAGGCCCGGCGUGCAGAGGCCGCCGAAGAGGAAGCUAAUGCGGAGAUAGAUCAGCUGGAAAGCGAUGGAGAGGAGGAAGCCGAUGAUGGCGAAGAGAAGAAGUCGAAGGCGAGAAAGAGGAAGCGCGACACUGAACUGGCGACCGCGAAAUCAAAGGUUAAGGCCAAAACGAAGAAGGCCUCCGACGAGCUUGCGCCUAAGAAGCGGGCUGGCAGCGCAAAGGCGAAGAAAAACGGUGUCAAGUCGAAGACGAUGGUCGAAUCUGAGGACGAAGCAGGUGCCGAGGCCGAAGAUGAGGAUGCGGGUCCGAGCAAGCAGACCUCACCGCCUCCUGCUAAGAAAGUGAAGCGCGAAAAGGAGGGUGAGGAGGAGGGCGAUGCCGCUCUUGCGAACGAUCCGGAGGCGCAGAAGGUCAGAGACUGGAGACAUAAGCUCCAGAAGGCAUUCUUGAACAGCAAGAGUCUGCCUAAGGAUGAGGACAUGCCCGCACUGAAUAACCUGUUCACCACAGUAGAGCAAUACGAGAACAUGACCAUUGCAUAUCUCACUUUCUCGAAAAUCGGCAAGGUCAUGCGCCAUAUCCACGCCCUCCCGUCUGAGAAGGUUCCGCGCGACGACGAGUUCAAGUUCAGGGAGCGUGCAAAGACUCUCGUCGACAAGUGGCAUGACUUCGUCAACGCCAACAAGCCCAAUGGCACUACCGCGGAGGGCGCCAAGGCUACAACGAACGGCACGAGCCCAGCUGCGAAAGCCGCCGAAGCGGCAGAUGCCGGUGCGACGACGAAUGGCAAGCAGGAGGGCGGCGAGGAGGCUGCUCAAGCUCAAGCUGAAGGCAGCAAGGACGCUAUGGAAGUUGAUGUUGAGCCGAAGGCGGAGACGACGGUCGCUGCAGAAGUUCCUGCAGCUGCGGAGGGUGGUGAGGCAGAGGCGGACGGUGAACCUGAGACGAACGAGGAUGCCCCAGCGGAUGCGGCUGCAGACGAGUCUGCGAUGCCAGACGUCACCAUGUCCGAAGUUGCGGCAUGAGUGCUGGAUCAAAUACCGGAACAUUGAAAUACGGAAGAGGAUAAAGAGCGAGAGCGGCUGCAGAAGCGUCCCAGUGAGCACAUUGUUGUGCACAGCUUCAUGAUAACCUGUU